UCCACCUUGUAUUUCGUCUUUACCAUUUUCUCAUCUCUUUCCAUCCAAAAAAAGAAGAGUUAAAGGGGAAUUCCAUUCUUACAGUAUACGGUAAAGAUUUAUAAAAGAAAAAAACAGCAGUAGACACAGCAGUCAAUCCCACUGUUAGAGUUGCGCAAACGUAUUCUCUUUCUUUUCAGCCUUGAAUGAAAUGCUCUUUAAAAAGAAUCUAUUUUUAUAUUGUAUAACACAUUCCUUAUUUCAAGGUAUAUUCAUAAACUUUACUCUCAGAUCUCUCUUUUUACCCCUUUUUGCUUGCAUAAACUUGAUUCUUGUAUAUAAAAAUGAUUAGAGCUUGUGGGUUUUUUUAUGAAGGAGAGAGCAUAAGCGGGGGCUAUACUGCCUUGAAGAAAAGUUUGAAAUUUUAAUGUAGAACAUUGAGGACUUGGUUAUAUUCAGACAGUUGUGUGGGCCAAUGAAGCGUUCGUAUUACAGUUGUAAUAUAUGCAUACCAUGUAUUCUGCAGAAUAACACGUUCUGGUGAAUAAGUAUAUAAUUUUUCAGAGCAAACUUUUGUAUAAUGGCCUCAAGAUUCUUCAAAACUUCAGACACACAACCUGGAAGAGCUCCAGGUCCUCCAACUGUGACAUUUGCUCAGAGGACAUCAUCAGGUAGAGAUGUCAAUUUGUCAAGGGAUAGUCUUGAUAGUGACAUAAGUGGUUUGGAAUUCCCAAACUACACGGUUCAAAUACCAGCAACACCUGAUAAUCAGCCAAUGGAUCCUUCGAUGAGGGUGGAUCCGCCAAUGUCACAGAGGGUUGAAGAGCAGUAUGUAUCAAGUUCUUUGUUUACUGGUGGCUAUAAAAGUGUUAUCCGCGCUCACUUGAUGGAUAAGGUGAUCGAGUCUGAGACUAUCCAUCCUCAAAUGGCUGGAGCAAAAGGUUCUUCAUGUGCAGUCCCCGGUUGUGAUGGAAAGGUCAUGAGUGAUGAGAGGGGAGAAGAUGUUCUCCCUUGUGAAUGUGAUUUCAAGAUAUGCAGGGAUUGUUUUGUUGAUGCUGUCAAAACUGGUGACGGGAUCUGUCCUGGUUGUAAAGAGCAUUAUAAGAAUACAGAUUUGGCUAUAAACUCGGUGGUGCCUGGUCAACCUUUAUCUCUGCCAUCAAAUAUUGGGAUGUCAAAAAUGGAGAGGAGGUUGUCACUGAUGAAAUUGUCAAACAGGUCUGCACUAAUAAGGAGCCAAACUGGGGCUGAUUUUGAUCACAAUAGAUGGUUGUUUGAGACCAAGGGGACUUAUGGCUAUGGCAAUGCUAUAUGGCCAAAGGAUGGAGGAUUGGCAGACGAUAAAGAUGAUGAGACUGGCGAGCCUCGGAAACUUCUUAAUAAACCUUGGAGGCCACUCACCCGCAAAUUGAAGGUACCUGCUGCAGUACUCAGCCCAUAUCGACUCUUAAUUUUUAUUCGUAUGGUUGUACUUGGACUAUUUCUUGCAUGGAGGAUUAGUCACCCCAAUGAGGAUGCAAGAUGGCUAUGGUUUAUGUCAAUUAUUUGCGAGAUAUGGUUUGCCUUCUCCUGGCUACUUGAUCAACUUCCUAAGCUCUGCCCUAUUAAUCGUGCUACGGACCUUAAUGUGUUGAAAGAAAAAUUUGAAACACCCAGUCCAGCCAAUCCGAAUGGAAAAUCUGAUCUUCCGGGAGUAGAUAUAUUUGUUUCUACAGCUGAUCCAGAAAAAGAACCUCCACUUGUUACUGCAAAUACUAUUCUGUCUAUUCUUGCUGCUGAUUACCCUGUUGAAAAGCUCUCUUGCUAUGUAUCUGAUGAUGGAGGUGCACUCUUGACAUUUGAAGCCAUGGCCGAAGCUGCGAGUUUUGCUAACAUGUGGAUACCUUUCUGCAGAAAGCACAACAUUGAACCAAGAAACCCAGAACCUUACUUCAGCCUGAAAAAGGAUCCCUAUAAGAAUAAGGUGCGGCCAGAUUUUGUCAAGGAUCGUAGGAGGGUAAAGCGUGAAUAUGACGAAUUUAAGGUUCGAAUCAAUGGCCUUCCUGAUUCAAUUCGCCGUCGUUCUGAUGCUUAUAAUGCUCGAGAAGAAAUUAAGGCCAUGAAGCUUCAGAGACAGACAGCUGGGUUUGAACCAAUGGAACCUGUGAAGGUCUCUAAAGCAACGUGGAUGGCUGAUGGGACCCACUGGCCAGGCACUUGGACAGUUCCUACUCAUGAGCAUUCUAAGGGUGACCAUGCAGGGAUCAUACAGGUAAUGUUGAAACUUCCAAGUGAAGAACCUCUUCAUGGGACAACUGUAGACAACAACAGUCCACUUGAUUUUACCCAAGUCGACAUCCGGCUUCCCUUGCUUGUGUAUGUUUCUCGUGAAAAACGUCCUGGGUAUGACCACAAUAAGAAAGCUGGGGCCAUGAAUGCGUUGGUACGAGCCUCGGCCAUAAUGUCCAAUGGCCCAUUUAUACUUAACCUUGACUGUGAUCACUACAUUUACAACUCUCAGGCAAUAAGAGAAGGCAUGUGUUUUAUGAUGGACCGUGGUGGGGACCGUCUUUGUUAUGUCCAGUUUCCUCAGAGGUUUGAGGGAAUAGAUCCAUCUGAUCGCUAUGCGAAUCACAAUACAGUUUUCUUUGAUGUUAACAUGCGUGCUUUGGACGGGCUUCAGGGUCCAGUUUAUGUGGGCACUGGGUGCCUCUUUCGCAGGACUGCACUUUAUGGCUUUGACCCUCCCCGAUCAAAGGACUACCAAUCUGGUUGUUGCAGCUGUUGUUUUUCUUGUCCUAAGAGAAGUUUGUCGGUUUCCUCUGCACCUGAAGAGCACCGAGCACUUAGAAUGGGAGAUUCUGAUGAUAAUCAAAUGAAUCCUUCUCUCUUCUCUAAAAGGUUUGGAAACUCCGGUUUCCUUGUUGAUUCAAUCCCAGUGGCAGAAUUUCAAGGCAGACCACUUGCAGAUCACCCUGCUGUAAAGAAUGGACGACCUCCUGGUGCUCUAACCAUUCCCAGGGAAAUCCUUGAUGCAUCUACUGUUGCUGAGGCAAUUAGUGUCAUCUUGUGCUGGUAUGAAGAUAAAACGGAGUGGGGCAAUCGGGUUGGAUGGAUUUAUGGGUCUGUUACGGAAGAUGUGGUAACAGGUUAUAGGAUGCAUAAUCGCGGUUGGAGAUCUAUAUAUUGCGUGACUAAGAGGGAUGCUUUCCGUGGUACUGCACCAAUCAAUCUAACUGACAGGCUUCACCAAGUCCUUCGAUGGGCCACUGGUUCAGUCGAGAUCUUCUUUUCACGUAAUAAUGCUUUUCUAGCCAGUCCUAAGAUGAAGAUUCUGCAGAGAAUUGCUUACCUUAAUGUUGGUAUCUAUCCAUUCACCUCUGUGUUUCUGAUAGUAUACUGCUUCCUUCCUGCGCUGUCGCUCUUCUCUGGUCAGUUUAUUGUCCAGACUCUAAAUGUCACCUUCCUCACAUACCUCCUCGUAAUCACUUUGACGCUUUGCAUGCUGGCUAUUCUCGAGAUCAAGUGGUCCGGCAUUGCUUUGGAAGAAUGGUGGCGUAACGAGCAAUUCUGGUUGAUUGGAGGCACAAGUGCGCAUCUUGCUGCCGUGCUUCAGGGACUACUCAAGGUCAUUGCUGGGAUCGAGAUCUCAUUUACUUUGACGUCCAAAUCUGCUGGUGAUGAUAACGACGAUGACUUUGCUGAUCUCUACAUCAUAAAAUGGACGUCCUUGAUGAUUCCGCCAAUUACUAUCAUGAUAACUAACUUAAUUGCAAUAGCGGUCGGUUUUAGUCGGACAAUAUAUAGCACCAUACCGCAGUGGAGCCGUUUGCUCGGAGGAGUAUUCUUCAGCUUCUGGGUUUUGGCUCAUCUUUACCCUUUCGCAAAAGGACUUAUGGGACGACGCCGGAGGACACCGACAAUCGUGUUUGUUUGGUCGGGACUUAUUGCAAUCACCAUUUCACUUCUCUGGGUUGCCAUCAAUCCCCCAGCAGGAAACAAUGAAAUUGGAGGGUCCUUCCAGUUUCCAUGAUUUUUCAGCAUGGCUCAUUUGGAUAUUUUAAUUGGGCUCCAAAUUAUUCUCUUGCAACCUAACAACAAAUAUGGUAUGGGGUCAAUUUGUGGUCAUCACUAUCAUAACUUCAAUCUUUUGUUGCCUUAAAUUUUUAUAGGGAAAGAUGGAACAUACAUUUUUUUGUACUUUCAACUUUGAAGUUGAAAAUAUUUUAUUUAUUCUUUAUAUUUUGGCAUAUUCUAAGCGUUUUGAGUUUUGAAGUUUUGAGAAAGAAUCUGAAUCCCAUGGACAUGUGAUUCCCCUCUGAUUCACUUUGGAUCGAAGAAAAUCGAGGCAACUUGUAUUUU